ACUUAACCAAACAUUUUGUUCGUUUCAGUUUGUUUUUGUUCUACUUGUCAUUUGUUUUCAUGCAGGGUUUGUGUUAAAAUGUUCAGUGACUUGGUUUUUUACAAUUUUUUUUGUAAGUUUGGAUUGAAUUAUUGAAAAAUCAAUUAACGUACAUAAAAUACUUACGGGUUGAAACGAAACAUCCUUGUCUUUAUAAUGGACCAAAUUAAAUUCAUCCAUACGAUCGUUGUCUAGUUUUUUUUUCAUACACAUUUAAAACAAAAAAAAAUAGAAUAAUAUUCUAAGUGUUUUUUUUAUACCUAUAAAGAUAAUUUCGUGGUGUUAUGUGACAAUGAGCAUAUAUCGCGGAAGAAAUAGAAGGGAAAUCUAUUUAUCAUCCCUCCUAUAUGAUUCCAUAGACGACAACAAUUUUGGUGCAAUUAAAUCUUUGUGCGAAAAGGGCGCUGACCCAAACGUCAUUCUUCCCAGAAAAGGAAUUUCUCCGUUCCAUCUUGCUGUAGGAUGUGAUUCUGACGACUUUUCUGCCCGAGUGACUUGCCUCAUUUUGCAACAUGGUGGAAACCCCAAUAUUCGCUCUGACGACGGAUUGACUCCUGUCCAUAUAGCUUCAGCAUGGGGCCGGCUAGUAGUCCUGCAGCUGCUUUUGAGCUGCGGAGGUGACCCUGAAGCGCGAGACAGCAACCACUUCACUCCUAUCUACUAUGCCAGGAAAGAGAACUUCGUCGAUUGUCUCGAGCUGCUCAAAUCUUACCUGCCCGAUAACAGUCACUUGUUGAAGAGAGAGAAAAAAGACGUCGAAUGUAAUUUGAAAUUAGAUAAAAUCAUCGUAAACAACGGUCACAUCAUAGGAGAGUACGGAAUAAUGAAUGACAACAAAGACAGUAUUAGCGAGAACAGUAAUUUACAAAAACUACCGGAAUCAAAACCCAAUGAGUAUGUAUUGAAUUGGUUCCAAAACCAUGUGGAAGAAAAUGCCACGAACAAAUACGCCGAGUUGCCCAGGAGUACUGGUACAACUUCGGACGAAAACUUCCUUUCUUUCGAAAGUUCCAUGGACGAAUCUGACAACGAGAAUAUAAAAGACUUGGACGUGCAAAAUCUGACGUUCCGAAAGAUGUAUCGCAAAAAACGGAAAGUGAGGAAGGACGUCAAGACCCCGACCCCCCCGAAAAUCCAAGAAUGUAGCCCGUUGAAUCCGGAUGAGGCAGCGAGGCGGCUGAGUUUCACGCCACCUAGCGGCGAAAGUGGGAGGUACUCCGGGAACGAGAUAUAUUGCGAGCCCAGAGUUGAUGUUGUAUCGAGUGAGAGCGGCAUUGCCAAUUCCGGUAAAGAAUCGGAUGUGAUUUACUUUGUGCCAAAAGGUAUAUCAGGCAUGGGCGUAACGGGCCGCUUCACCUACUCCGACGUCCUACCAGCCCCGAGGAACGUGGCCAUCUUGGACGUGGACAGCAUGCGCGAGGCUGCCCACAGCGACUACCUGACGUGCUCCGACGCCAGCACAAACGUGCUCGACAAGAGCUUCUGGCCCGGCCACGGCGGCCUCGAGGACAGCCUGAUGACGUCAGACGCUUCGGGCGGCUGCGGGCAGGCCUCAAGCAGGGGGCAAGGGUUGGGCAGUCCCGAGCUGAGCUUCGUGAGCGUGUCGGAGAUCUACAAAUACGAGGACGUGGAGAGGGGGGUGGUGUUGUACGAGCGGAGGGUGAUGAGAGCGCCUAGCGAAUGCAAUGGCAGUAUUAAAGCAGGAUCUCUUGCUUCCAAGAUGUCUUCCAUACCUGAAGGAUUUGAUUAUGACAUUGAGUCUCUCAGGAAGGAGCUCACUUCUCUGGGUUAUGUUCCGGGGCCUAUAACAUUCUCCACGAAACGUGUUUAUCUGAGGAAGCUCUAUCAAAUGAAGAAGUAUCCUCAUUUGACAGUCGAUAGUCAACAGACUAGCCCAAAACGAAUUACAGGCAUGGAUAUUUAUUAUUUAGCUUCCACAAUACUAAUACUUUUUCAAUGUCUACCCUCGUAUCAAUGGGAGCUAGUAGUAUCCAAAUACGAUGUUGCUCAUAAAACAUUCAAAAGAGACACAUCCUCAGCUUCUGCUCCGAGAAUAAGGGAAUUCCUAGUGAAAACUAAUGUAGCAAACCGUUUUGCAGAGACGAGUGUUGUUAGUAAAGUAGAAAAUGCCGAUACUGUUGCCAAGCAAACUGCAUUUUCGGUUGUACUACCAGAAAGAGCGUACAUUUCCGGAUUCUAUAUGGAUAUUGAUGGAAAAUAUUACAAUGCCUUCGUGAAAGAAAAAGAAGAAGCAAAAAAAAUUUUCGAUCAGUCGGUGUCGAAUGGUCAAACGGCAGCACAUGUAGCAGUCAGCACAAGAAAUUCCAAUAGGUUCACCAUACACGUAAACGUGGAGCCAGAAAGUAAGGUGGUUUUUCACUUGGCUUACGAAGAAUUGUUGCAGAGAGAAAACGGCCAGUACGAAAUCAUUGCCAAUAUUCAACCGGGUCAGAUCGUCAAAAAAUUGGAAGUGCAGGUGACGAUAAACGAGACACACCCGUUGGUGUCCAUCAGAACCCCGUAUCUCCGAUCUGGAAGCAACACGCUCGUCCAACAUAACACAGCCCUGGACCCCCAUUCGAAUGUCACGUUGGUUGGAAACUCAUCUGUCAUCGUCCACUUUCAACCGGACAUCAACAGACAGCUGGAAUUUGCAUGCGCCGGAUUGGGUAACGAAGAGUUCGAUGGGUUUGCUGGACAGUUCGUUGUCAAAUACGACAUCGAAAGGACCAAUGAAGGGGGAGAGACAUUAUUCCAAGACGGAUUUUUCCUAAAUUUUUUCGCCCCCAAAAACUUGGAUCCCAUACCGAAACACAUCGUCUUCGUUCUGGACACGAGUGGUAGCAUGUCGGGACAAAAAAUCAUCCAACUAAAAGAUGCCAUGACUAAGAUUUUGCCACAAUUGAACAAAGAAGACCUUUUCAGUAUAGUCCAAUUUGAGAGCAUGGUGUACGUUUGGGAUUUGGAUUCUACUCGGCAUUCAGCUAUUACUUGGACCGAUCCUGAAUAUGCGGAAUAUGGUCGAUUGAAAGAAAAAUUGGUGAAUAUCAACUUGCCCAGUGCACAUUCUGCCUCCAAAGAGAACAUAGAUAAAGCAAUCAACAUUAUCAACCUGUUGCAAGAUGACGGACUAACUAACAGCAUUGGUGCACUAGAAGUUGGCUUGUUUCUGAUUGGACAAAUACAAGAGCAAAACAAAAAGGAUUCGUAUCAACCGAUUCUCGUGUUCCUCACUGACGGCCUACCAAAUGUCGGAAGUAGUUCAACUGCAAAUAUAAUAUCUAAGACAGGUGUGCUGAAUAGAGCGGGAUUCAAUACUCCCAUUUACUCUCUCAGUUUUGGAGAUGAUGCUGAUUGGGACUUCUUGGAGAAAUUGAGUCUACAGAAUCAUGCCAAGCCGACAAGAAUCCAGAUUGCCAAAGACUUGUCUAAGCAGCUUCAAGAUUUUUACUCCAAAAUUUCGGUACCACUUCUGAGUAAUGUGAGCUACGGUAACUUGCCGAAGGAAGCGCAAAUAACACAGACGAAUUUCGUGCUUUUCUUCAAUGGAUCAGAAAUUGUGGUUGCAGGAAAAGGAAUUUCCUUCAACACUACCGCCCCUAUAUCCAUAUCAGCCAAGGGCAAGAACGGGACUGUGGAACUGGAAGCGACCGUGGGCAUCCCCCUGACCCGUUUGGAAAAGGUGUGGGCGUACUUGACGGUGAAACAAUUGGCCGACCAAUACCAUGCCACCGGAAACGCGACCAUUCACAAGAUGGCUCUCGAUCUGGCGCUGAACUAUUCGUUGGUGACCGAAUUCACUUCGCUGGUCGUGGUCAAGCCUGACAGCACCAAUAAUUAUGUCGAUACUCAAGAUGCUACCAAGGGGAUAUUCCCCGUGGAGCCCAAUGAGCUGCCCAUGUGCAAUAAUAUAACCGAAUGGAUUAUGAAGAACUACGAUGACUUCGAUCUGGAAACAACUACAGAGCUGACCACAACAACUACCACCGAAUUGACAACUAUUACCUACCCUAUCACCUACCCUGUCACCUACCCUAACAUAGUCGAACUAGAUUUCACUGAAGCACCAACAACCACUGAAACACCAACAACCACUGAGGCACCAACAACCACUGAAACACCGACCACCACUGAAACACCGACCACCACUGAAACACCAACAACCACUGAGAAGAUCAUCACGUGCAACGAAUCAGAAUUCGGUUGUUGCUUUGACGGGGUGACUUUUUCGCCUAGACCGAACCAGAACGGAUGCGAUCCAAUUCCCAGACCAGAAAGUUGUUCACUCAGUUUUGCAAGAGGGCCUUGUACGAACAUAACAGUGAAAUGGUUCUAUAAUACCGCCAGAGGGCAGUGCACCAAAUUCAGGUAUGGUGGAUGCGAUGGAAAUGGUAAUCGGUUUGGAAGCAAAGAAUCCUGUGAAUCGACAUGUGUCAAUGUCAGUGGACCAGAUCAAUGCAAACUUCCAAUUUACUUAGGUUCAUGCUACAGGUACAAUUUGACGUGGUUUUAUGAUGCAAAUAACGACGAAUGCAUCAAGUACAUGUACCGAGGUUGCUUUGGAAAUUCUAAUAGGUUUCCAAGCAAACAGGAUUGCCUAAGAUUAUGUAGCCCUAAAAAAUUGGUACAAACUAUCCAUGAUUCAUGUCUUCAACCCAAGGAUAAAGGAAACCUGCGUUGUAACAGAUUCGAGAUUAAAUUCUAUUAUAAUACCGAAACGGGGCAGUGCCACAAAUUCUGGUUCAGCGGUUGCGGCGGUAAUGACAAUCGAUUUAACUCCAGAGAUGAGUGCCAAAGAUUGUGCUCGAAUGAUAUAUGUGGGGCCCCCGCGAUUAAAGGACCAUGCAAAGGAAUAUAUCAGCAGUGGUAUUUCGACAGAUCAACGGAUUCAUGUAAAACUUUCAUUUUUGGCGGUUGUGGAGGCAAUAAAAAUAAAUUCAAUUCAAUGACAGAAUGCCAGAAUGCUUGUGGUAAAUCUAGGGGAGCGUGAAUGUCAAAAAUAAGAAAUGAGUAUUGAAAAUAAUCUGUCAUACAAUGUUUAUCAAUAAAAUCAUCCAGGAAUGUUGGCAUCUAGAGAAUCCAUUUUCUGGGUGUAUAAAUUCUGAGUUUGAUAUUCAUAUUAUUUAUUUAUCAUGUAGAUAGUUUUAUUUCAUAACAAAUAGUGUUUCAAGUCAUUCUCAAUUGUUAAAUGGGCUGAUAUAUUAAGAGUGUAAAUAUCGCGCCACGGCUUCAUCAAUUCACUAAUAUUAUAAUAAAAAUAAAACUUUUUUUGUUUUGUAAUUUAUAUUAUUCCUUCAUCAUUUUGGUGUGACUCCUAACCAGCUAAGAUAACUCGAAACUCUGGUAUAGACACCAGGAAAACCAACUCCACAUCCGAAAUCGGUACCAUAAGACGCUAUUCCAACCUAAAAUUAAGACAUAU